AUGUCGCACUUCAUCAGCCAUGCGCAAGUCUCUCUUCACCCCGUAGCAUCCCGCCAUGGCACUGUCUCCUCCACGCUCGUCGCAGUUCCUCCACCUUCGACGGAGUACCGCCAUCAACAACCAUCCCGCGACGAGCCAUCCGAUCGCGAAGAUGGCCAAGGCACCCCCCGCCUCCAUCGCUCUUCCCCGGAGCACCAAUGGUCGCGCCCAGCACACCUGCGUUCGCCUUCACCCACGUCCUUGCCGCAGGCGGCUCAUCCCCCCUCCGAGCCAUCAAGUUAUGGCAUCCACCACGCCGAUCUCGACAUGUACCCCAUCAUCUACGAAGAGACCCUCCCGUCCGACAGCAGCAGCGACGAUGACGAGGCAGAUGACCACUACGACCUCGACGACGAUACUCUGGAUGAUGGCUUUGGGCAAAGCAGAUUCGCCCGCUCUGCCUCCAGUCCUCGUCGGCCUCGUCUGUCCAAACGCAAACUCGCAGCGCCCAUCCGUCUCAUGUCGGCAGAGCAGCUGUCUCGUUUGCACGACCAGUAUGUCGAACAAGACGUGCCCCACCACGUCGUCUUUCCCUACCUGCACGGCGUCGACGGCACCAUCCCUGCUCAGAACCACUUUUUCGGCGCACCGUUGAGCGGCCAACCGACGCCUGCGUAUCGAGGCCUCACCAUCGUCCGCGCCGAGAUGCCCUCUCGCGAAGAGGCGCAGCGCCUCUCUACCUCCACCAACACCAGCUACAGCCAGGGCAGGGCGCGCGGUCGCACGUUCUCCAGCGUCACCACCCAGUCCUCUGGCAGCUCUCCCGACACCGACGACGACGAGUCGGCUCGCUUCGAGCCAAGCUGGGCCAACGGAUUCAAGAGCCCUCCCGCCCUUCAGCUUGCUGCCACAACCCUCGCUGACCCAGCGCCCAUCUCACCCGCAUCCACCGCCUCCAUGUCCCCCUCCACCGCAUCGACGGUCUCGUCCCAGGUCUCGAGACCCUCGCUUUUCUCUGUCACAUCGGAAAGCUAUAGCUCAGGCUCGCGCUCGAGCGUCUCGACGGUCAGCGAUAUGGCCGAGGACUGUCCGGAUACGGCUGACAAGGAUUACAGCAUGUACGCCUCGCGCUACUACCUGCAGCCAGACACAUCGCUGCUCAACUCGACCGUCCUCCCCGAAGAAAUCAUCAACCCGCCCAGCCUCCGCCGCACCUUGUAUGGACGCAACAUCUACAGCGACCUUUCCGAAUCGGGCUUUGGCGAUGCGCGAGACUCGUACGCGGUGCGCAGGAUUGGUGCCACCUUCGUCAACCCGCCGCAGGCGUCGGGCGUGAGCUUGCGCAACUUUAAGAUCCAGAACGCGAAGUACGCCACCAUCUCGGACAUUGUCAUCUACUGUCCCUUCGGCUACCACUCAGGCGUACUCCAGCUUGCCACCAUGGUGAGGGAAGCGCAGGCGUCGCUGCGCAAGGAGCGUCUGUCUCGAGGCUGGGGCGGCCUCCAGUACAACGUCUUUGUCGUCACAGAGCCGUUCAAAGUGUUUGAAGACCACUUUCCUUCCAUGGUCGCCGUCGACAGCACAGGCUCGGACCGCAACCGCAUCGAUUUCGUGGAGCGCGAGAGCGACGAGAUGCAGCGGAUGGCACGUGCUUCCGAGAUCCACGACAACGUCUGGCUCGGCUCCAUGUUUGAUCGGCCGAACCUUGCCAGGCGCGCACCCUGGGGACCCGAUGGCGUGGAGGACAGUCCGCCCGCCACGCCCGAAGAGCGCGACGAGCAAGGCAACCCGCACCACUUUUCCAUUUGCAUCGACUGUGCCGAAGACCGUCUACCAUGGGCGAGCGGCUGCACGCCCAAGGCAUUGCGCAGUGCCGCUCAGUACCUGGACUCGGUGGAAGCGUCCAUGCGCGUCGACAGCGAAACCGAUAAGCUUCUCGACAGCCUCCAUCGCGACCAGCUGUUCCCUCUCGACGGAAACGUGGUCGGGGAUGGUGCCGAAGACAGUUUCCGCAACCUAUCCUCGCGAGACGGAUCCAUCGUGCUUGGGCCCAACGGCUGGACGCCGAAAACGCGAUCGGUUCCCGUUGGCACCGAUGCUGCUGCCUCGCACUUUUUGCAUACCAAGGUUUCGAACGCGAGCCUCGGAGCUGCUCAUAAUGAGUCCAGUGAAGGAGGCGUGCUCCCCAUUGGUGCCAACUACGCCGUGCAGCUCGACUUUCAGACCGGAAGCGGAGGGGCGCCUCGCGUUCUAGGGUGGAACGACAGGAUGGCCGAGAAGCUCGUCCAUCUAUGCGUCUGGAUCCAUCAGCAAGCCUCGCCCCAGGCUCCGCCGCCUUCGGACCGUGCAGCGCCCAAGUUCAACUCGAUUUCGUCGACCCUGCGCACCUUCCGAGAUGCGGCCAGAUCGCCCACGCGAUCCUUCUCACCCAACCACGGUCGCGAGCGCACCUCGCACCGCCGAGAUGAGGCACGCAGCCCACCCGCGCAACGACCAAGACGCGUUUUGCUCCACUGCCACGAUGGAUACACCGAGACGUCGACGCUGGCGCUGUCGUACUUGAUGUACGCGCGCGAGCUCAGCCUUCCCGAGGCAUAUCUGGAUCUUCAGCUGCGAGCCAACCGCUCGUUCUUUGUGUACCCUGCCGAUGUGGCAGUGCUCGAGGCGGUGGACCAACUGUUGCAGCGCACUCGCGCCGCGCGCCGCGCGAGCUUGCCCGAGCCCAUGGAUGUGAGUGCAGACGUGCGCCGAAGCCGCCACGGUCCUUCCAAGUCGUUGAGUGGUCCCUCGGUCAUAGGACGCCGCACCGAGGACCGUCGAUCCUCGUUGUCGGCCACAGCGCCUAUGAUCAGCGGCCUCGUGAGUGGCGGCCACCCGCCCGCCGAGCUGGGCGGUGGCAUCUGCCGGGCUUCGACGCCAACGCCGACCAAGAGUCAAAACAGCACCGUCGAGGGGCACGCAGUUGCUGCGCCAGAGACGCACGACUGGUUCAGCGCCGACCGAUUCGACGGCUCAUUCCCAUCGCGCAUCCUGCCGUUCCUCUAUCUGGGCAACCUUGACCAUGCUUCGAACGUCGACAUGCUUCGCGUGUUGGGCAUCACGCACCUGGUGUCGGUGGGAGAGACAGCACUGGAACCGCCUGCUCACAUCUCUGCCAAGGUGAAUUCUUCGCGCAAGGAGCAUGGACGCAGCCGUUACCAGCGAGCGUCUGCCAAGGCUGCGUUGGCCGAGGAUCCAUCGACAGUGCCUUCGUGUACGUACCAAGCGCAGGGCGUCACGGUGCUCAAUGUGCGCAACGUCUCGGACGACGGCAUCGACUCUUUGCGAGGCACGAUGCGCGAGGCGGUGCAGUUCAUCGAGGCUGCGCGGCUGUCUGGCGGUAAAGUGCUGGUGCACUGCCGCGUGGGUGUGAGCCGCAGCACGACGAUUGUGCUUGCGUACGUGAUGGCGCACCUCGAUUUGGGUCUGGUGGAGAGCUAUCUGUUGGUGCGCAGCCGCCGGCUGAACAUUGUGAUCCAGCCUCAUCUACUGUUCCUAUGGGAAUUGCGAGGAUGGGAGAUGUUCCUGUGCAGGGCCAAGCAAGCUCAGAUCAGGCUUCUGUGCGGUCGUCUCGACUCCCCGGACGUGACACGCAGCGAGUUCCCUCGCGAGGCUUCCAACGCUCUCUCAGCACUUUCGAUCCGGGGCGGUGGAGGCGCCGACUCCGGUUCGGCUCGCAGUGACUCGGGCUCGGGCUCGUACCGAUCUGCGUGGUCGUCGCCUGCAGGCUCGCCUGUGACUAAGAGCACGACGCCCAUGGCGGACACUGUGGUGGGCUCCUGCACGCAGCAAUGGGGCGAGGAGCACCUGCCUGGCGUCGAGAUUGGUGCUGGCGCGGGUAGCAUCCACGGUGUGAACAUGGCUCAAGCGGCGAUGAUGCCUUUUGGAUCUGGCAGCCCGACUGGCCUGUCUUACAAGGUAACCCGCCUGACAUGGGGAUUUCUCGCACGCGAGAUCGCCGACCUCAACUCGCGAUACUUUGUCUAA